CUAGCACAACAAAAUUUCUAGUAUAGAACCCGAUUCCUUUACUGGUCUUUCGUCUUUGUCAGGAUUGGAUUUGUCCUUCAACAACUUGAAAACAGUUUCAGCUAAUAUGUUUGACAGAGUAACCCCUUUGAAUAUUUUUUUGUUAAACAACAACCCAUUAUCAUGCUGUACCAUGCAUGACUUCUUUGAAUGGAAAUCUAAUCAGACACGUCUUAGACUUUUUCGUGGCACUUGCCAUGAUUUUAACCGAACUACGGAUAUCGAAAGCUUUGAUUUAUCAAAAUGUCCAGUUGAUGGUCAGUGGGGUUCCUGGUCAACUGGACCAUGUUCUGUCACAUGUGGUCAAGGUUCAAUAAAUAGAAAUAGAAGUUGUGACAGCCCGCCAGCUUCUAAAAAUGGAACAGACUGUAUUGGAUCUAGCACGGACUCUUUAAGCUGUACCUUAGCAGGAUGUCCAGUUGAUGGUCAGUGGGGUUCCUGGUCUAUUGGACCAUGUUCUGUCACAUGUGGUCAAGGUUUAAUAAAUAGAAAUAGAACUUGUGACAGCCCGCCAGCUUCUAACAACGGAACAGAAUGUAUUGGAUCUAGCACGGACUCUUUAAGCUGUACCUUAGUAGGAUGUCCAGUUGAUGGUCAGUGGGGUUCCUGGUCUACUGGACACUGUUCUGUCACAUGUGGUCAUGGUAUGAGAUAUAGAAAUAGAAGUUGUGACAGCCCACCAGCUUCUAACAAUGGAACAGAUUGUAUUGGAUGUAGCAUAGACUCUUUAAGCUGUACCUUAGCAAGAUGUCCAAAAUCAUAUAGAAAAUAUGGAAAGAAAGCAGGUUCAUGGAUUAGGAAAACAAGAAAAUGGAAAAGGAUAACUAGUAGAUACUACUGAAUAAAGGAAGCACUGGUACACAGAACUAAUAUGUACUAUAAGUUUGUCAUGUAACUGAGGGAAGAUGCAAGACAAUGAAAAUAUCAUAUCUUAAAUAAACUUAGAGGGAUUUUAUCAAUUAUCUAAUUAGGAUUCGUUUUUUGUUGUAAAUUAUUAGUUGUGGUUCAUCUUUCCUUUCUCCAUUUUAUUCUUUUUUGGUGUAGGUCCACAUCAGACUGAUUAUUAAUCGUCAAACCAAAAACUGUAGAUCAAAACUUGACUAUAUAAAUCAACAACCAUCUGUAUGCUAAUGUUUUUGAGACAAAAUGUCUAUACUAUUUUAUGUGGUGUUUAUU